UUGGAAUGUUUCAAAAUUUAUAUUAAAUGAAUUUGGCGAGGAGAAUAAAGGAUAUGGAGGAAAUAUUAUUGGAAUUUUGGUUGUUUUGAUUGGAGCUUUAUGUUUUGGUUCUUUGGUAAUUUUUGGAAAAAUAAUUUUAUAAUUUUUAAUAUUUUUCGAUUUUGCCAACCGACCCCCCCCCCCCCCAUUAAUUUUUUUCUGGAAAUAACCAAAAAAUUUAUCUUAGUCUUACUAUCAUGAUCUUGUUUCUCAGUGUUUUUGAAAAUCUAAAAAAAAUAAUUAUAUGUAUUGUAAGGAAGAGAAAGAUUCAGCUUGCUAGCAUUUAAAACGCUCACUAGGCGGGGGUCUAAGAUCUAUUAAUAGAGAGUGAAUGCAGCGUACUCCUGGAAUGUCUGGAUGUGGUGGAGGUGAUCCUUACUAUGCAUGGAAAUAUACACAGACUUCCGGUCUUGUUACCGGAACAAAUUAUACUUGGAACAGUGGUUGUAAGCCAUAUCCAUUCCCUCCGCAUGGAUCAACUGAAUACACUGCCCCGUCCUGUGUCUCUUCAUGUACAUCGAGUGCUUGGAAUGUUGCUUAUACCCAAGAUAAAAAAUAUAGUUUACAAACUUCUGAUGUCUAUGUAGGCGGACAUGCCGUUAGAAUGAUUGGUUGGGGUACAGACACUUAUCCAGACGGAACACAUUUGGAUUAUUGGUUGUGUGCCAACCAAUGGAAUUAUGAUUGGGGAAUGAAUGGAUAUUUCAAAAUUGCUAGAGGUGUGGAUGAAUGUGGAAUUGAAUCCUCUGAAAUUUCUUUUGGAACUUUUUAA